AUGAUUGUUUUCGAGAAGUACUCAGGGAUGCUGCUUGUGAACCUCGUCAUCUCCGGGGGCAAGAUCGCCGCGGUUUUCAUCCUGAGGCAGAUCAUCGGGUCGGGCAGGCUGUACCUGGUGGAUCCCGUCACGUGCGCUGCUUUUCUAGCCAGCUAUAGCGACCACCUUAGCAAGGACACGCUCCACAGAGUCGCCGAGAGGGGCUUGGCAGACUACCUGGCCGCGCUGCUCAGCGCUGGAUUCGACAAGGACGCACAGGCACAGAAAGAGGACCGCGACUCGAGUUUUCGGAGUGGCGGCGACACGCCGCUGCACCGCGCCGCGCUCGUCGGCCAUGCCGGGUGCGUGGACUUGCUGUUGAAAGCCGGUGCCAAGAAGGAACUGAAAGAUUACCGCAGCGGCCUGCGACUGAAUGCUGGGCGGUGGAUCGAAAUUUGCGCAGGCUUUGUGUUCUGUGUGACCGUAGCUUCCGAUUCAGGGGAGGCCAUGCCUCUCCAGCCACACUCCGAGCUGUUUCGGGGGUGA